AUGCCUCAGCCUCUGGAGAAUAUCAAGGUCGUCGACCUUACGCGCACCCUGGCCGGACCGUUCUGCACGCAGAACCUGGCUGACAUGGGCGCCGACGUCAUCAAAAUCGAAGAGCCCAACACCGGUGACGAAACCCGCCAUUGGCCCCCAAUCUGGAACGAAGAAAGCACCCAGUUCCUCUCCUUCAAUCGGAACAAGAGGAGCCUGUCAAGUCAACCUUAA